AUGUCACAAGAACAAUUGGCAUCUGGUGGCCAGACACCAGUGGACUCACAGUCUAUAAUUGAUAACGAGAAAAAUGAUGCUAAAGAUUCAGAUUCUCUCCACUUACCACAGCUACCUGAGAAGACCGUUAAGGAUCACGCUUUAAUUUCAUUAUUUUGUUUGCUAGUUGCAUUCGGCGGUUUCGUCUUUGGUUUCGAUACUGGUACUAUCUCUGGUUUUGUUAAUAUGUCGGACUUCUUGAGAAGGUUCGGAGAGCUUAAUUCUAGUGGUGAAUACAUAUUAUCAAAUGUCAGAACUGGUCUAAUUGUUUCUAUUUUUAACAUUGGAUGUGCUGUCGGUGGAAUUUUUUUGUCCAAGAUUGCAGAUGUAUGGGGAAGAAGAGUAGGUCUUAUGUUUUCAAUGUUAAUUUAUGUCGUUGGUAUCAUAGUUCAAAUUUCUACUAGUCAUAAAUGGUAUCAGAUCUGUAUCGGUCGUGCUAUCACAGGUUUAGCAGUCGGUAUUGUUUCCGUCUUGUCACCUUUAUUCAUUGGUGAGACAGCACCUAAAACCUUGCGAGGAACUUUAGUGUGUUGUUUCCAGUUAUGUAUCACGUUAGGUAUCUUUUUAGGGUACUGUACGACUUAUGGUACUAAAGUUUAUUCUGAUUCAAGGCAAUGGAGAAUUCCUUUGGGUUUGUGUUUUGCAUGGGCAAUCUUUUUGGUCGUCGGUAUGUUGGCGAUGCCCGAAUCUCCUAGAUUUUUGGUUGAAAAGCAUAGAAUUGAGGAUGCAAAGAAAUCAAUAGCAAGGUCAAAUAACCUUCCUAUCGAAGAUCCUGGUGUUUACACUGAGGUCUUGACAAUUCAAGCAGGUAUUGAAAAGGAAAAUUUGGCUGGUAGUGCUUCUUGGACUGAAUUGAUAACAGGAAAGCCAAAAAUCUUCCAAAGAGUUUUAAUGGGUAUUCUCUUGCAAUCAUUGCAACAAUUGACGGGGGAUAAUUAUUUCUUCUACUACGGUACCACUAUUUUCCAAGCUGUCGGUAUGAAAGACUCAUUCCAGACGUCCAUUGUUUUAGGUGUUGUUAACUUCGCUUCAACCUUUGUUGGUAUCUAUUGUAUCGAAAAAUAUGGUAGAAGAAAUUGUUUACUCGUUGGUUCAGUGGCUAUGUUUGUAUGCUUCAUUAUCUACUCAGUCUUGGGUUCGGUACAUUUAUACAAAGACAAUUCCUACAAUAACAAUAAUACUUAUAAGUCAACUGGAGAUGCGAUGAUCUUCAUUACAUGUUUAUUCAUUUUCUUCUUCGCAUCUACCUGGGCAGGUGGUGUUUACACCAUCGUAUCUGAGACCUAUCCAAUUAGAAUUAGAUCUAAAGCCAUUGCUGUUGCGAGCGCAGCAAACUGGUUGUGGGGUUUCUUAAUUUCAUUCUUCACUCCAUUCAUCACUUCCGCUAUCCAUUUCUAUUAUGGAUUCGUUUUUGCGGGCUGCAUGGCAUUUUCAAUAUUCUAUGUCUACUUUUUUGUAAUGGAGACUAAGGGGUUGUCGUUAGAAGAAGUCGACCUUUUGUAUGAGCUGGAUGUUCACCCAUGGCAAUCAUCGGGCUGGAUCCCUCCAACUAAAGAACAAACAAUCGCUGCUGCUGCAACAACUGCAGAAGCAAAGCCUGAAGAGGAGCAUGUCUAG